UUUGGUUUGAAACCAAAAGGUGGUGGGGACUGAAAUCAAAUCCUUAGAUACCCGAAAAGGAUCACGAAAUAUCUGUGACUCCAUAAUCUAUCUCUCUCUCUCUCUCUGCUACAGAUACAAACUCUGAUUCUCUCUUUCUCUCUCUGUGGUUUUUCCAAAAUUCCUCACCCACCAACCACAACCUUCGAAUUCAUUUCCAUUUGCUCUGUCCUUGUAUAUAUAUACAUGACAUCGUUAUGUUCAUAUCAUCCAUCUCUUGUGACUUUCAACUUUUGUUCUUCUUUUCUUUCUCUCUUCAUUUAUAAACAGGUCUUGUCACCAUUGCCGUUUUGUUUUUCUUUUCGUCCUGUUUCUAUCUACUCCACAAUUAAUGUUAUUGCAGCCUCUUUUAUUGCAACUGCGUUAUUACCUUGUGUUACAUUGCAUAGCAUUUUGUUAAGGUUAUUUAUUGAGAUCAAUUGGGAAACGCAUGGCUUCUACAGGUUCUUCAUCUUCAAAUUGGGUCAUGGAAAGUGGUGAUAUUCCUCAUGUUUUGGCUGUUGAUGACAACCUUAUUGAUCGCAAACUUGUUGAAAAACUGCUCAGGAAUUCUUCUUGCAAAGUUACCACUGCAGAAAAUGGGCCAAGGGCAUUGGAGUUCUUGGGCUUAACAAGUGGUGAACAGAACACCUUGAAUGGGAGAUCCAAAGUAAAUUUGAUUAUCACAGACUAUUGCAUGCCAGGGAUGACAGGCUAUGAGCUACUCAAGAAAAUCAAGGAAUCAUCUGCAAUGAAGGAGGUUCCAGUAGUGAUCAUGUCAUCUGAGAAUAUUCCAACACGGAUUAACAAGUGCCUGGAAGAAGGAGCUCAAAUGUUCAUCCUAAAGCCCCUCAAACAAUCUGAUAUAAAGAAAUUGAUGAAGCUAGGAAUGUGAAAUUCAACUUUUAAAAUCUGAACCUUAGGCCUUAACCAGAAUGUAAACUGUCUAAUUGUAGUAGCUUAGGAGUAGGAAUGCAUAUCAUUGUUUUUUGAGUACAUUCUGCAUAUUGUUUUGAUGAUGCUGAACUUCGGUCUCUUUCUCUCUUUUUUUGUAUUAAUCUAUAUAUAACAAUUUAUUUU